AUGCGUUGCCAGAGCACCCGAUCGACUGCUUUUCGUAGCACAGAAGCAGUCGGACCCGAGACGUUCGAUGACCCGGAGCAGCGCAUCCUGGCCAAGGCGAUGGAACAUGUACCACUACAAGGAUGGACAAUCAAUGCUCUAGCAGCUGGUGCCAAGGACCUCGGCUACCCGUCCGUGGCUCACGGCAUGUUCUCGCGUGGCGCAGUCGAACUCGUGGAGCAUUUCAUGGACUCGAGUCUUGCCAAGCUACGUGAGACGCUGAUCCGUAACACGAAGCAGCUGCAGGCCAUGACUGUAGCGGAACGGAUCAAGUUUGGUGCUCGCACGCGUCUCGAGAUGUUGGAGCCGCUCAUUGCUACAUGGCCGCAGGGCAUGGCGCUCGGUGCCUUGCCCCAGAACGCUCCUCACACUGCAAAGAAACUGAUCCAGCUGUCGGAUGAGAUCUGGUACUUUGCCGGAGACAAGUCGACGGACUUGUCGUGGUACACGAAGCGUGCUAUCCUCACCGGCAUUUAUGCGAGCACGGAGUUGUUUAUGCUGAAUGACAAGUCGCCGGACUUCCAAGACACGUGGGCAUUUUUGGACCGCCGAGUGGACGAAACGGUCCAGCUUGGAGAGCUGCCUCAGAAUCUGAAUGACGGGAUGGGCAUGGCUGCUAUCGGACUACAGUCCAUGUUUUCGGCUGUGACGUCACUUGCAGGCCCUUUGACCGAGCAGGUCGUCUCGAAUACGCCUCUCCGUCAUCUUCCCAACCCGAUUUCGGCUGUGGGAAGCGUGAUCCCACCUUCCAUUGUUUCGGCUGUUGUAUCAGGAUUGCCGUUCGGUGCUGCUACUGCUACAGAAAGUGGGGCAACAGGAGGAGAUGCUAUGGCUUUUGAGUCGAAGGAUCUAAAGGAGCUGAACGAAGAGCUGGAAAAACUGGGCGGCAUGGACGCACGUCAGCGGCCGAGCUAA